AUGGCGUUAGGAGAGACCCGGUACCUCAAGAUCCUAAUUAUCAAUCCAAAUACAUCCACGACAAUGACGGAUGCGUUGAGGCCUAUAGUGGAAGAGCUUGCAUAUAUAGAGGUCCAAUUCGACUACUUCACGGCUCCGUCAGAUAAGUCGGUUACUCUCGAAGAUGGGCGUACGAUAAACGGCGUGAAGAGUAUCAAUUCAGGAGAGGACUCAGUUACAUCAGCAUUAUAUUGCAGGCCUUUUCUGGAGCCACAUCUACCCAAUUACGAUGCAUUUCUUGUAGCCUGUUACUCGGCUCAUCCCCUCGUUGGAAUGCUGAAGGAAUCCAUCGCGAAACUAGAGGAAGCAGAUAUGGUGGCGAACCUCCACAAGUCGGUGCCGUUACCGAAAAGGAGGUAUGUGACGGGCAUCUUUGAAGCGAGUGUUCUCAUGUCGCUGUCUCUGGUCGGUUCGUUUCAUCUAACCGAUCUGGGAAAAACCCAAUCCAAGGAGAUGUUUGGCAUCAUCUCUACCGGGAGCAUAUGGCGGGCUGAGCUAGGGCAGGCGGUUGAAGAUUUUCUUCUCAAUUCCCAUGGUAAUUCAGACUCGAUCCAUCGGUUUGCUGGUGUAGGGACUACCGGCCUUACAGCCGUACAGUUGCAUACUACUCCGGCCGAUGAGGUGAGUAACAGAAUCCGUGAGGCUACACAAGCCCUCCUCAAGUCCGCACCACAUCCUGUAACAUCAAUCUGUCUGGGCUGUGCUGUCGGCAGCCAGUUCUGGCAACAGCUUUGCCAGGAGCAUGGUAUAAGCCAGGAUGGAAACUUGGAGGAGUUUGCUACGGAAGGCGGUGAUCGGAAGGAUGUCUUCUUCUACCAGAGUGAUGAUACCCGAUAUAUUCCUCGAGCGAUCUUACUAGACCUGGAACCGAGAGUCCUCAAUACGAUUCAAACCGGCCCUUAUCGAAAUAUCUACAACCCUGAAAACUUUUUCGUUGGACAACAGGGUGUCGGAGCAGGGAACAACUGGGGUGCUGGGUACGCCGCGGGUGACACUGUACAAGAGGAUAUUUUUGACAUGAUUGAUCGUGAGGCCGAUGGUAGCGAUUCGCUAGAGGGAUUUAUGUUUCUGCAUUCAAUUGCAGGAGGUACCGGGUCUGGGCUAGGAAGUUUCAUCCUGGAACGGAUGAACGACCGGUUUCCCAAAAAACUGAUUCAAACAUACUCUGUCUUUCCGGAUACUCAAGCGGCAGAUGUUGUGGUCAAUCCGUACAAUAGUUUGCUUGCAAUGAGGAGGUUGACGCAGAAUGCCGACUCUGUGGUGGUUCUGGAUAACGGAGCUCUUUCAAGAAUCGUUGCAGACAGACUUCAUGUGUUGCAGCCUUCGCUCCAACAAACAAAUCAACUUGUCUCAACUGUUAUGUCUGCAUCCACCACUACUCUCCGUUACCCUGGUUACAUGCACAAUGACCUUGUCGGGAUCGUCGCCUCUCUUAUACCUACGCCGCGCAGCCACUUUUUGAUUACCUCCUAUACGCCAUUUACCGGCGAUAAUAUCGAACAAGCUAAGACGAUCCGCAAGACGACAGUGCUUGACGUGAUGCGUCGUCUACUGCAACCCAAGAACCGCAUGGUGUCAAUCAACCCCAGCAAGCAAAGUUGCUACAUUAGUAUUCUCAAUAUCAUCCAGGGUGAAGCCGAUCCCACCGACGUGCAUAAAUCCUUGCUCCGUAUCCGCGAGCGUCGGCUAGCGUCUUUUAUUCCCUGGGGCCCGGCAAGUAUCCAGGUCGCACUGACAAAGAAGUCACCGUACAUUCAGAACACCCACCGUGUCAGCGGGCUGAUGCUAGCGAACCACACAUCGGUGGCAACACUGUUCAAGAGGAUCGUUCAACAGUACGAUCGACUGCGGAAGCGAAACGCUUUUAUCGAGCAGUACCGGAAAGAGGCCCCGUUCAGCGACGGAUUCGGGGAGUUUGAUGAGGCCAGAGCCGUAGUUAUGGACCUUAUUGGGGAGUAUGAGGCGGCGGAGAAGGAGACCUACCUUGACCCGGACGCCGGGAAAGAGAAGGAAAUGGGUGUGUAAUGCGAAUACCUUUUAUUUUGCUUUUCUUCUUUCUCCAUCUUUCAUGCUGGUCUAUAGUUAUGGUUUUCGAGGUUACCCGGUGUGUUUGGCAUCAGGCGUUGCAAUCCAGUUGUUAAGUAAUUCCUUCUGAUCACGACGUUUUUGGGCAUGGAUACUUGUUUAGGGAUAAAUUGAUAUGAAGCUAUGAAUUGUAAAUACCACAAUAGUCAUUCUCAU